AUGACUGGCUGGUAUGGGGAGCUUGAAUUCUGCUAUACAACAAUAGGUAGCCAAAGAACAGGCCCUAGUAAAGGAAAGGGAGUUGCUGUGGCUCAGAAGUUGGCUAAAGCAGAUUGGGAAUGGCACCAAGAGGUACUAAUAAAUGCAUUGUUUAAUAGCUUGCUCAAUUCUGAAGAGGUUGCCUCUGCUGCCCUGACUGAUGUAAAGAGCAAAAAACAUAUCAUCCUUCCUCAUGACCCUGGAAUGGGCCAAAUAUUGACAGUUAGGUUCCUUGUGGAGCAAAAUAGUGCUAGAAAGACUCUCAAAGACCCUCCUAAGUUGUUACCUAGUGAUAUACUGGCCAACUAUGCUUGCCAUCACUGUGCAACUAUCUUCUAG